AAAACACGAGGCAUUACCGCUUUCUCUUAACGGGGUGCACCAUUUCACUUCACUGCGCCACAUCGACUACGGGAAAAAUCACCGAGUUUCCGAAUAGCUGCGUAAACUAAACAGCGAUGUUCAACGCUCAGUUUUGGCAAUAUUUUCCCCUCACAACUAUCUAAAAUCGGCAUAUAUACUCCAAUGGUUUUACUGGACGUAGGAUGGGAUUAACUUUGUCUGGAAGAUAUAUUUCAUUGUUUCUUGCUGUUCAAAUAGCCUAUCUGCUGCAGGCGGUUCGAGCGGCUGGGAAAUGUGAAACAGUGUUCAAAGGUUUCUCCGACUGCCUGCUUCAACUGGGAGAGAACAUGGCCAACUAUCCACAGGAGCUGGGCGAGAAGGAAAACCUUCAGACCAUCUGCACUUACUGGGAUGAUUUCCAUUCAUGUGCGACCACUGCUCUGGCAGACUGUCAAGAGGGAGCCACAGAUCUGUGGGAGAAGCUGAAAAAAGAGUCCAGAAAUCUGGACUUUCGCGGCAGCUUGUUUGAACUGUGUGCGGCUGGGAACGGCGCGAGCCGAUCAUCGGUUCCGUUCGGCCUAACGCUGAUCCUCACCGCACUGUCUGCGCUCGUCACGUGGAUGCAGUUUUAACCUACGAAGAAAAAAGAAAAUCAAAGAAGAGAAAAAAGAAAGAGAAGAGAGAGUAAAAGACCAGACAAACCAUCAACACAAUAAUAAAAAAUAAUAAUAAGUAAUGGCGAUCAAGAUUCAUCCUCACCCAAAUGGAUUUAUAUACCUAUUUCAUCUGGAGAAAAAAAAAAAAAAAAAAAAAAAAAAAAAAAACGUUUUUUGCAAGAGACAAUGGCAAGAAGAGGUCUUCUGGGAAUGCACAAGCACAUUUGCCUGACUCUGGGUCGAUUUCAUGAAAUAUUUAUCAGAUAUUGAGUUGAAAUGACGGCCUGAAUUUCUGAAAGGUCCUGGUUAGAAGCGUAGUAUUUUAUAACAUUACUGUCUGUUAUGAAUGAAUUAUUACUGUAGGCUGUUCACAUUCUCAACGGCCAUCAUGCAUUAUAGAAAAAUAGGAAAUAUUCUCCCAUCCGUUUGUUUUUUAUACGCUCUUUGUCAAUAUUUAGUUUUUCAUUUAUCAAAUUUAUUUUAGUCAAGCCAAGUAUAUGGAUGAUGUGUGAGGGGUUAGAAGGUUUCCUGACCCACCAAUGCAGAGAAAAAAAAUAUAUAUAAGAAACGACUCUAAUAAUAACGAUAGGCUUUAAAUACUAGCCUAAUCAUGAUGAUAGUAAAAAUUAAUCUAUAAUAAAUAAACCUCAGGAAUGAUUUAGUGGCAUACAAGAGAGCAGAUAAUAUAUAUAUAUAUAUAUAUAUAUAUAUAUAUAUAUAUAUAUAUAUAUAUAUAUAUAUAUAUAUAUAUAUAUAUAAGACUUUAUUAAGGAACAAAGAGGUGUCAAAUGUAGCCAUAAGAGGCUGUGAGAUAGUUGACUGUUCCCAUUUUCUCCCAAAAUGCUAUUCUAUUCCAUUCAAAGAAGAAUUGUCUCUUUUUAUGUAGGACACACAACAGUAAAAAAGGUAACACUUUACAUUACAGUGUCCAUGUUGCAAUUAACAAAUGUGUAAUUAUAAGCAAGCAGCUCCAGAAAACAAUUACACAUCAAAUACACGUAGUUCAUUCUUAUUACGCAAUACUUACACUGCAACGUAAAGUGCGGCCUGUAUUUCUCCCAACAUUAUCGUAGCACGACAGUAUCUGGACAUUGACAUUAAUAGUUGGAUGACGUGAAUUUUGCUAGCUUUAUUUGAUGUUGCCAAGGCAUAGACCACGUUUCACUGCCUUCAGAAGAUGUGUAUUUUAUUUGUUCGUUCGUUUGUUUGUUUCUUGGGAUGUUGCAUACGAAAUACCUGAAUAUUCAAAACCAUACAAGUAAAUAAGAGAUGUAUGUGAAAUGAAAAGAGAGAUACUUUAACCGAAACCGUUUUAAAACAGAUUGAUUAUACAGGUAUAUAAAAUAGACUGCUAAAAAAAAGUAUUUAAAAGAAUUAAAUAAAAACAGUUACUAUUUGAAAGAGA